AUGCAGUGCGAUUCAAGGCUCUCCCUGGGGGUUGCGUCCGCUGGCCAAUCCGUGACCGACUUCGGUCCAGCGUAUAAUGGGCAGGAAGGUGUGCUCGGAUUGGAAUGCGCCGGCCCCUCCUUCUCCCUCCCCACCAACUUCGGCGAGUGUCCCGUCAGCAAGCGCCGCUUCUUUUCCUUCCUUCCCUCCCUUAGGUGCCUUACUCCCCUCCUUGCAGUCUCCGCCUCGAGUGUCGGCAGUGCGUCAUCCCAUUCUCCUCUCACAGAUUGCGCGCCGUUUGCUCCAGCAUCGGACGUCUUUUUCAAAGACAAAGACAACAAAGAAAACUGA